AUGAAAACCGGCAUCUUUCUUCUAUCCAGUAUCAUUGCUGGAGUGGCGGCUAUGGUAACCUUUUCUCGCUCCUCGGCGUUGCAGACAAGGCUAAUCUGCUGUAUCAAGGAUAUAGCCAACACAUCUACCACUUCAUUUAUUCUCCCAGACGGUUACACUGCUGUCCCCUUUUCAAUUCAGGGAUCUAUUGAGCGAGGUGGCGAAGUGAUGGCUUUCAACGGCACACUCAACUCGCAUACCGUUUGCAAAAUCCCCGACUAUCCAUCUGGAGGAAGAGCUAAGCUCCUGAGCGGGUAUGAUUUUCUGAAGAAAAUUCAUCAACCCUGUGAAGUAGCCGGUGGUCCCCGCAAGUGUGCUAUGCUCUGGUGCUCCCUGGGAACGUCGAUUUGGAUGUGCAACGACAAUACCGACAAGAUCACCCGAGACUGCGGUGACAUGGCUUCCUACGUCCUAGACAUAAUUGGUAAUCUAGAUUGCAUCACAAUGUGGGGCGGAAGUGAAGCCCUUAUACUAGGCCAAGAAUUUGACACGGACGGCUUUAACAUCAUCGCUGGUGGAGGUGGUUGUCCCGUGUAA